GUACGUGGCCACCCCCCUGGCCGGGCUGCUGAACGUCAAGGAGAAGAUCAGGUUAAAAGCCACCCCUAACCCUGUGCUGGAGAAGUUUUAUGCUGCCACCACCAAACACCCCAAGCAGGCCGACGUGGAGAUGCUGUCCAAGAAGAGCGGGCACUCGGUGCGGCAGGGGGAGCGUUGGUUCCGCCGCCACCGCAACCAGGACCGGCCCAGCCUGCUCAAGAAGUUCAGGGAGGCCAGUUGGCGAUUCACGUUUUACCUUAUUGCUUUCAUUGCUGGCAUGGCUGUCAUAGUGGAUAAACCCUGGUUCUACGACCUGCGGGAGGUGUGGAAGGGGUACCCCAUCCAGAGCAUAUUGCCCUCCCAGUACUGGUACUACAUGAUCGAGCUCUCCUUCUACUGGUCCCUGCUCUUCAGCAUCGCCUCCGACGUCAAGCGCAAGGACUUCAAGGAGCAGAUCAUCCACCACGUCGCCACCAUCAUCCUCAUCAGCUUCUCCUGGUUCGCCAACUACGUCCGCGCAGGGACGCUCAUCAUGGCCCUGCACGACUCCUCAGACUACCUGCUGGAGUCUGCCAAGAUGUUCAACUAUGCUGGCUGGAGAAACACCUGCAACAACAUCUUCAUCGUCUUCGCCGCCGUCUUCAUCAUCACCCGCCUGGUCAUCCUGCCCUUCUGGAUCAUGCACUGCACGGUGGUUUACCCGCUGGAUCUCUACCCUCCCUUCUUUGGCUACUACUUCUUCAACUUCAUGAUGGUCGUGCUGCAGUCGCUGCACAUCUUCUGGGCCUACCUCAUCAUCCGCAUGGCCCAGAAGUUCAUAACUGGAAAGGUGGUUGAGGAUGAGCGGAGCGACCGCGAGGAGACGGACAACUCUGAGGAGGAGGAGGAGAAGAAUGGGCCCCUCUCCAACGGCCACCCUGUCCUCAACAACAACCACCGCAAAACCGACUGA